AUAACAUUUUACUCGGCUCUGCACACUCGGACUGCGCUGACAUCUUCCUAGCUCCAGCUCCUGCUUCCAAAGUACAGAGGAGAAAUCCUGCUGCCAGGAAAAAGUGAUCUACAAAAUAGACUUGGACGAGACUCAAGUGAGACGUGAUCUUGUCAGUGCACUUCUUGUAGGUGGGCCCGCAGUUGCAGUUUUGCUUGCUUUCAGAAUCGGAGGCGCACUUGCUGGUGCAGUCGCAGCUGCACUCAGAGGCACAAUCGGAGGUGGAUUUGGAUUGAUUGGCACAGACAUGACCAUCACUGGCACACUUGGAGGCGCAGUCGGAGGCAUAGUUGGAUGCAUACUGACACACACAGUGACGGAUUCUACCACAGUCGGAGGCGCAGUUGGAGGUGCAGUUGGAGGCAUAAUGACACUCGCAUUCACAGCUGCUGGUGCUAGCGUGGUCUGGGGCUUUAUCGGAUUCAUAAUCGGAGGGGCAGUCGGAGGCGCAGUCAGAGGCAUACUGACUCUCACAGUCACAGUUGCAGGUGCUUCUGUUGUCGGAGGUGCAAUCGGAUUCAUAUUCGGAGGUGCAGUCGGAGGCAUACUGACACUCACAGUCAUAGCUGCAAGUGCUGCUGCGGUCGGAGGUGCAAUCGGACACAGAUUCGGAGGCACAGUCGGAGGCACAGUCGGAGGCGCAUUCGGAAGAGCAGUCGGAGGCGCAGUCGGAAGAGCAGUCGGAGGCGCAGUCGGACACUCAGUCAGAGGGGCAGUCGAAGGCGCAGUCAGAGGCAUACUGACACUCACAGUCACAGUUGCAUGUGCUUCUGUGGUCGGAGGUGCAAUCGGAUUCAUAUUUGGAAGCGCAGUCAGAGGCAUACUGGCACUCACAGUCACAGUUGCUGCAGCCAUCGGAGGCAUAAUCGCCUACAGAUACGGAGGUGCAGUUGGAGGUGCAGUCGGAGGUGCAGUCGGAGGUGCAGUUGGAGGUGCAGUCGGAGGUGCAGUCGGAGGUGCAGUUGGAGACAUACUGACACUCACAUCUGCAGGUGCUGCUGCUGUCGGAGGAAGAGCAUUGGCACUCAGAGACCCAGGUGCAGUGGCACUCAGAGACACACUGAGAGACACGGAUGCAGUCGAAUUCUCAUUCAGACUUGUGUUAGGUGGAGUCACAUUCCUAGCUGCAGCAGCUUUGUUUCUUUACAUUAUCUUUGAGUAUGAGCAGGAGGAACUGAAAGAGUUGGAGGAGAGAAGGAUGAAGUGGGCGAUGGAGAAUUGGCUCAGAGUGAUAGAGGAGAAACUGAAGAAAGAGAUGGAGGAGAAACUGACAAAGAUGAAGUGGUGGAGGAAGAUAGAGAUGAAGAGUAAACUUAGGAAAGAAAUUGAGGAGAAACUGAGUGAGAUCAAGAAGACACUGGAGGUGGAGAUAGAGAAGACACCGAGUGAGACAAAGGCAACAUGGAAGAAGAUGGAGAAGAAACUGAGGCAGCUGAAGGAGAAACGGAUGAGGAAGCUGGAGGAGGAACUGAAGAGUAUGGACACUGAAGAGGCCUGCAAAAGAAUUGAGUUACUGAAGGGCUUUGUACAGAUGUAUGAAAAGGAGAAGCAGGAAAUUGAAGAACUCCUCAGAGAACUCAGUGGGAUUGCUGAUGGGCUGGACAAGGUGGACAGGGACUGUACCAUCGCUAAGACUGCAGGGAGCUCUGCUGGUGUAGUUGGGGGAGUCCUGACCAUUGUGGGGAUAGGCCUGGCUCCUGUUACUUUUGGAGCCUCCCUUGGACUGUCCAUUGCAGGGGCUGUGACUGCUGUAGCUGGUGGAGCCACCAAUGUUGGCACACAAAUAGUAAAGUGUGUAAGUGAUGGCAAAGAUAACAAUAGAGUAAAUGAAAUAGUGAAAAUAAUUCAAACUUAUCUCAGAGUACUUGGUAAAUUGUGCAACAUUGCACUCCCAGAAUGUAAUUGGAAUAAAGAGGACGCUGCUUUAACAGGCAUUGUUAAAACACGUCUUUCUGCUGUUGCUGCUGCUGCAGGCCUGGUUGAUGCUGCUGUUGUUGCUGCUGCAGGUGCUGUUAUUGAUGUUGCUGUAAGUCUUGAUGCUGUUGCUGAUGUUAUUGCUGGUGUUGCUGAUGGUGUAAACCUGAGUGGUGUUCCUGCUGCUGGUGCUUCUGCUGCUGGUGCUUCUGCUGUUGGUGCUUCUGCUGGCCGUGUUGCUGCAGGCCUGGUUGAUGAUGUUGCUCCUGCGGUGCUCAAAGGUGCAGGCAGAGUAGUCGGAGGUGUUGCUGCUGGAGUCUUUGUCGUUGUGGAUGCCGUGCAGAUUGGUUUAAAUGCCAAAAAACUUUAUGAAGGGAGUCCAACUGAAAUAGCACAAGAGAUUCGCAAGCUGGUGGAAACUGUAUCAUUACAACUAGCAAAACUGGAGGAAGUCAGUUCUGACAUAAACAACAUUUUGAACCCAUGAGUCAGCACAGGGCUAUGGAGGAAGGUGCAGCAGGAGGGAUUUUCCUGUCAGAUCUGUUGCUGCUCUAUCAACAGUGCGAAGAGCUAAGCCAAUAAAAAUAAAUACAAGUAAUGAAAUAAUACAUCUCUUCUGAAAUCACGAACCUCCAUGUCUUUUUUCUCCAGUUCUGGGUAUAAACUGAAUUUAUACUUUAUAUUUGACUCAUAGUAAAUAUAAUAUAGCUGUGAUUUUAAAGAAAUCAUUAUAAUG